UGACUGUCACUCUCUCCUACACCACCGUGAGAGCUACGGGACACAUGGUGUCCUCCAACACACCUACACACAGCACUGAGAGAGCGAGUGUAUAAGAGAGUGUGUAUGAGAGAGUGGAGAGAGAGAGAGAAAGGUAGAAAAAAAGUCUCGCUGAGGAGAAAAGCUGAAGGAUUUUUGUGAUUUCUCCUGAGGAGCUGUUGCCACCGCUGGAAGCAGGAUGGCUGAUGGCGAGGGAGAUGAGGAGAUCCAGUUCCUGCGAACGGGUGACACGGUGGUGCUCCAGUGUACAGCGACCGUCCUGAAAGAGCAGAUCAAGCUCUGUCUGUCAUGUGAGGGCUUUGGGGACCGACUAUGCUUUCUUGAAACAACGUCCAACGCUCAGAAUGUGCCUCCUGAUUUGGCAAUUUGCGCCUUCGUGCUGGAGCAGUCGCUCUCGGUGCGGGCGUUGCAGGAGAUGCUGGCCAACACUGUCGAGAUGAACGAGGCGGUCGAUUUGGACCAGUGGUCCUCUCAAGGAGGUGGUCAUCGAACGCUGCUAUAUGGCCACGCCAUUCUGCUGAGACACAGCCAUUCUGGCAUGUAUCUCAGUUGCCUGACCACAUCACGUUCACUCACGGACAAGCUGGCCUUUGAUGUGGGCUUGCAGGAGGACUCUACAGGCGAGGCAUGCUGGUGGACUAUCCAUCCAGCCUCUAAGCAGAGGUCAGAAGGUGAGAAGGUCAGAGUAGGAGAUGACCUCAUCUUGGUUAGCGUGUCCUCCGAGAGAUACCUGCACCUGUCCUAUGCCAGCGGGGACUUAAUGGUGGACGCCUCGUUCAUGCAGACUCUGUGGAACAUGAAUCCAGUCUGUUCAGGAUGUGAACUUGCAGAGGGUUUUUUAACUGGAGGCCAUGUUCUGCGAUUGUUCCAUGGUCAUAUGGAUGAAUGUCUGGCCAUCUCACCACCAGACCAAGGAGAAGAACAGCGCAAGAUUGCUCAGUACGAGUCAGGAGCGGUCUGCAGUCAAGCUCGGUCUUUAUGGAGACUUGAACCUCUGAGAAUCAGCUGGAGUGGAAGUCAUAUGAAGUGGGGUCAGCCGUUCCGUAUCCGUCACAUCACCACCGGGCGUUAUGUGUGUCUGGAUGAAGAAAAGGGCCUGAUGGUACUUGAACCUGCGAAGGCCAACACCAAACAGUCGGCCUUCUGCUUCCGAGCCUCCAAGGAGAAGGUUGAGGUUGCAAAGAAGCGUGAUGUUGAGGGCAUGGGCAUACCAGAAAUCAAGUACGGUGAGUCCAUGUGCUUCGUGCAGCAUGUCUCCACGGGUCUGUGGCUCACCUAUGCUGCCCUUGAUGCCAAAGCAGCUCGUCUGGGUACCAUGAAGAGAAAGGUCACUCUGCAUCAGGAAGGCCACAUGGAUGAUGCUGUAGUGCUGUCACGCUCUCAGACGGAGGAGUCUCAGGCAUCUCGCAUGAUUUACAGCAACACAGCUCUUUUUACGCAGUUCAUCAAGGGACUGGACUCUCUGAGUGGAAAGAACAGGGCUGCUGGACCAGUGUCUCUGCCACUGGAUGGAGUAAUUCUGUCCCUGCAGGAUCUGAUCCAUUACUUCCGACCGCCCGAGGAGGAGCUGGAGCACGAGGAGAAGCAGACCAAACUGCGCUCACUGCGGAACCGACAGAACCUUUUUCAAGAAGAGGGAAUGAUCACCAUAGUGCUGGACUGUGUGGACAGGCUGAAUGUGUACAACACUGCUGCACACUUUUCUGAGUUUGCUGGAGAGGAAGCAGCUGAGUCUUGGAAAGAAAUUGUCAACCUGCUCUAUGAACUGCUAGCUUCUCUCAUCAGAGGAAACCGUACUAACUGUGCUCUGUUCUGUGAUAACCUGGACUGGCUGGUCAGUAAACUGGACCGUCUAGAGGCCUCCUCAGGUAUUCUGGAGGUGUUGUAUUGCAUUUUGAUUGAAAGCCCUGAAGUCCUGAACAUCAUUCAGGAGAACCACAUUAAAUCCAUUAUCUCUCUACUGGACAAGCAUGGACGCAAUCACAAGGUGUUGGAUGUGCUGCGAUCUUUGUGCGUGUGUAACGGUGUGGCUGUUAGAUCCAAUCAAAACCUCAUUACAGAAAAUCUACUUCCGCGUCGUGACCUUCUUCUGCAGACGAAUAUUGUAAAUUAUGUAGCCAGUGUAAGGCCCAAUAUCUUUCUUGGAACAUGUGAGGGUUCAACCCAGUAUAAAAAGUGGUACUACGAGAUGAUCGUAGACUACGUGGAGCCGUUUGUGACAGCUCAGGCCAGUCACUUGCGCGUUGGCUGGGCCCUGACUGAGGGAUACAGUCCUUAUCCUGGAGGUGGAGAAGGCUGGGGAGGCAAUGGAGUCGGUGAUGACCUUUACUCUUACGGAUUUGAUGGACUUCAUCUCUGGUCAGGUCACGUGCCUCGUCAGGUGGCGUCACCCAGUCAGCAGUGUCUUGCAGCUGACGAUGUUGUGAGCUGCUGUCUGGAUCUGAGCGUGCCCAGUAUUUCUUUCCGUAUCAACGGGCAUCCCGUUCAGGGCAUGUUUGAGAACUUCAAUUUAGACGGCCUCUUCUUCCCAGUCAUUAGCUUCUCAGCUGGAGUCAAAGCCCGAUUUCUGUUAGGUGGACGUCAUGGAGAAUUCAAGUUCUGUCCUCCUCCUGGCUAUUCUCCAUGCUAUGAAGCUGUACUGCCCAAAGAGAGGCUGCGCAUUGAGCCCAUAAAGGAAUACAAGCAUGAUUUUAAUGGAGUCAGAAAUCUACUGGGCCCCACGCAGUCUCUUACACACACCUCAUUCACACCCUGCCCUGUGGAUACUGCUCAGAUCGUUUUGCCUCCUCAUCUGGAGCGCAUCAGAGAGAAACUCGCUGAGAACAUCCACGAGCUGUGGGCUGUGACCCGCAUCGAGCAGGGUUGGACCUACGGCCUGUUCCGAGAUGACAAUAAGAAAUUGCACCCAUGCCUGGUGGACUUCCAGAGCUUGCCAGAACCAGAGAGAAACUACAACCUGCAGAUGUCUGGAGAGACUUUAAAGACUCUGCUGGCUCUGGGCUGCCAUGUGGGUAUGGGAGAUGAGAAAGCAGAAGAAAACCUGAAGAAGAUCAAACUGCCCAAAACGUAUGUGAUGAGCAGUGGUUACAAGCCAGCCCCUUUGGACCUUAGUCACGUAAAACUCACACCCAAUCAAAACCAGCUGGUGGAAAAGCUGGCAGAGAAUGGGCACAAUGUGUGGGCACGAGACCGAGUGAGGCAGGGUUGGACCUACAGCAUUGUACAGGACAUUCUGAAUAAGCGUAACCCUCGUUUGGUACCGUAUAACCUGCUGGACGAGAGAACCAAGAAAACCAACAGAGACAGUGUGAACAGCGCCGUACGCACUCUCAUUGGCUACGGAUACAACAUUGAGCCACCUGACCAAGAAAGUAGUCAUGCUGUGGAGGGCAUCCAAGGCAAUAAAGUAAGACUCUUCAGAGCUGAGAAGCAGUACGCUGUCACCUCAGGAAAAUGGUAUUUUGAGUUUGAAGCAGUGACAACAGGAGAGAUGAGAGUGGGCUGGGCCCGACCCAAUGUACGUGCUGGCACUGACCUGGGAACUGAUGAGCUGGCUUACGUCUUUAAUGGAAACAGGGCUCAGCGUUGGCACAUAGGUAAUGAGCCAUUUGGUCGCCAGUGGCAGUCCGGAGAUGUGGUGGGAUGCAUGAUUGACCUGGUGGAGAUGAACAUCAUGUUCACUCUGAAUGGAGAGAUGCUGAUCAGUGACUCUGGUUCAGAAAUGGCCUUCAAAGACAUUGAGAUUGGAGACGGUUUUAUUCCCGUGUGUUCACUGGGCCUGUCUCAGGUGGGCCGAAUUAACCUGGGCCGGAAUGUCAGCAGUCUGCGCUAUUUUGCCAUCUGUGGGCUGCAGGAGGGCUUCGAACCUUUUGCCAUCAACAUGAAAAGAGACAUCACCAUGUGGUUCAGCAAAAGUCUGCCUCAGUUCAUCACAGUGCCCACUAACCACAAUCACAUUGAGUUGUCUCGUGUGGAUGGCACAGUAGACACUGCUCCCUGUCUUAAACUUACCCACAAGACUUUCGGCUCCCAGAAUGCCAACACAGACAUGAUGUUUUUAAGGCUCAGCUUGCCUAUCGAGUUCCACGAGACAUUUAAGGUGCCUGCGGGCACCACGCCCCUGACUCGGACGCUCACUAUACCAGAAGACGAAGUGCUGGAGGUGGAUCCAGACUCUGAGUACGAGCUGCUUAAGAAGUCGGCGAGCAAGAAGGAGCAGGAUGAAAAGGAGAAGGAGGCGUCUGUGCCUAAAGACAUUCCUGGUGUCAAAGAAAAUGACAAGGAUACGGCAUCUGAGAAAGGCAAAAAGAAAGGUUUUCUGUUUAAGGCUAAGAAAGCGGCCCUGAUCGCUGCUCCUCCUCCCCCUGUUGUUGUGCCACGCCUGGUGGAGGAUGUGGUUCCUGAUGACCGUGAUGACCCAGAGAUCAUCCUCAACACCACUACGUAUUACUACUCAGUGCGGAUCUUUGCUGGUCAAGAGCCCGGUGGCGUUUGGAUUGGCUGGGUCACUCCUGACUACCACCAGUAUGAUCCUAGCUUUGACCUCUUUAAAGUGCGCAAUGUCACAGUGACUGUAGGAGACGACAAGGGUAAUGUACAUGACAGCAUAAAGAGGAGCAACUGCUACAUGGUGUGGGGAGGAGAUCUGAUUAGUGGUUCCCAGCAGCGCUUUAGUCAGGAGGAUCUGGUGGUUGGUUGUCUGGUUGAUUUGGCCACAGGUCUCAUGACUUUUAUGGCCAAUGGAAAGGAAAUUAACACUUUUUAUCAGGUGGAGCCCAACACCAAGCUUUUCCCUGCUGUGUUUGUUCAGCCCUUCAGCCAGAACAUGCUGCAGUUUGAGCUGGGCAAGCUUAAGAACAUCAUGCCCCUCUCAGCAGCCAUGUUCCGCAGUGAGAGGAAGAACCCCGUACCCCAGUGUCCUCCUCGUCUGGAUGUGGAGAUGCUCACGCCGGUUAUAUGGAGCCGUGUGCCCAACCACUUCUUGAAACCUGAGGUGGGCAAAAUGAGUGAGCGGCAUGGCUGGAUGGUAGAAUGCACCGAACCGCUCACCAUGAUGGCACUGCACAUCCCUGAGGAGAACAGGUGUAUUGACGCCCUGGAGCUGUCGGAGCGUCACGACCUGCUGAAGUUCCACUACCACACUCUGAUGCUGUAUUGCGCCGUGUGCGCUCUGGGUAACAACCGCGUGGCUCAUGCCCUCUGCAGCCAUGUGGAUGAAUCACAGCUCUUCUACGCUAUCGAGAACACGUAUCUGCCGGGGCCUCUGCGUAUCGGCUACUACGACCUGCUCAUCAGCAUCCACCUGGAAUCAGCCAAGCGCAACCGUCUGGGCACCAAUCGGGAGUUUAUCGUGCCUAUGACUAAGGAGACGCUCAGCAUCACCUUGUACCCAGACGCUGAGAAAGCCCACGAUCUGCCCGGUGUAGGACUUACCACCUGCCUUAGACCCAAACUUCAUUUCUCGGCCAUUAACUUUGUGGGUACUGACCCAGACCUGUACACUCUCAGUCCCAUCUUCCCUCUGCAGGACCUAAAGACCAGGGCUCUGAGCAUGCUCACUGAAGCUGUGAUGGAUGGCAGUCAGGCCAUGCGUGAUCCAGUAGGUGGCAGUGUCGAGUUUCACUUUGUGCCCAUCCUCAAACUCAUCAGCACCCUCCUCAUCAUGGGCAUCUUUAAUGAUGAAGACGUUAAGCACAUCCUCAAGAUGAUCGACCCCAAUGUCUUCGGAACAGCCAAGGAGAACGCAGAGGAGGAAGGAGAGGGUGAAGCCGGGGAAGCUGCAGCUAAAGAGCAGGGAGAAGAGGCAAAAGAGGAAGAGGAGGCAGCAGAGGGAGAGGAGGAACUGCUGGAUGAAGGAGUGGGUGAGGAAGAGGAGGAUGAAGAGCUUACAGCCCUAAAGAAAAAGGAAGAACAUGAGAAGGUGGAGGAGGAGCAGGAGGGAGAGGAAAAGGUGAAUGGAGAGAAAACUGAGGAGGAGAAGGAGGCAGAGGAGGGAGAACCAGAGGAACAGGUAGAAGAGGAAGAGGCGCCAGAGGAAGGACUGCUUCAGAUGAAGCUGCCCGAGUCUGUCAAACUGCAGAUGUGCACACUGCUGCAGUAUUUCUGUGACUGUGAGCUGAGGCAUCGUGUAGAAGCCAUUCUUGCUUUCUCAGACAACUUUGUGCAGUACAUCCAGACCAAUCAACGUGAACGUUACAAUCAGCUCAUGAGAGCUUUCACCAUGUCUGCUGCUGAAACCGCCCGGAGAACCAGAGAGUUCCGCUCUCCUCCUCAAGAACAGGUCAUGUUGCUGACUAACUUUAAACACAGUCCUGACGAUGAGGAGUGUCCGGUACCUGAUGAAACACGAGAAUGUCUGCAGAACUUCCACAACGACCUUCUGAAUCACUGCGGCAUACAUUUGGAAGAAGAGGAGGAGGAAGAGGAGGUCGACAUGUCACUUAAAGGAAGGCUGCUCAAACUGGUGGAAAAAGUUAAGAACAUCCGUAAGCCACAAGUAGAAGAGGAGCCUGAGCCAGACGAAGAGCCCAAACCUAGCACACUGCAGGAGCUGAUCUCCCACACGAUGAUUCACUGGGCACAGGAAUCAUUUAUCCAGAAUCCCGAGCUGGUCCGAAUGAUGUUCAGCCUGCUGCAUCGGCAGUAUGACUCUCUAGGGGAGUUGAUUCGUGCCCUGCCCAAAGCCUACGCCAUCAACGCCGUGUCUGUACAGGACAUUAUGGACCUGCUGGAGUGCCUGGGUCAGAUCCGCUCACUUCUCAUUGUCCAGAUGGGUCCCGAGGAAGAGACGCUUAUGAUCCAGAGCAUCGGUAACAUCAUGAACAACAAGGUGUUCUACCAGCACCCCAACUUGAUGAGGGCACUUGGCAUGCACGAGACCGUCAUGGAGGUCAUGGUGAAUGUGCUCGGAGGUGGAGGAGACUCAAAGGAGAUUCGAUUCCCCCAAAUGGUGACAAACUGCUGUCGUUUCCUGUGUUACUUCUGUCGUAUCAGUCGCCAAAACCAGCGUUCCAUGUUCGACCACCUCUCCUAUCUGCUGCAGAACAGCGGCAUCGGCCUGGGAAUGCGUGGAUCUACACCUCUGGAUGUAGCUGCAGCUUCCUGCAUUGACAACAAUGAGCUGGCAUUAGCUCUGCAGGAACAGGAGCUGGAGAUGGUGGUGACGUACCUGGCUGGCUGCGGUCUGCAGAUGUGUCCCAUGCUGUUAUCUAAAGGCUACCCUGAUAUUGGCUGGAACCCCGGUGGUGGAGAGCGCUAUCUGGACUUCCUCCGCUUUGCUGUGUUUGUUAAUGGUGAGAGCGUAGAGGAGAAUGCUAACGUGGUGGUGCGGCUGCUGAUUCGCCGUCCCGAGUGCUUCGGCCCUGCCCUGAGAGGAGAGGGUGGCGCUGGCCUUCUGGCUGCCAUGGAGGAUGCCAUUAAGAUCUCAGAGGAUCCAGCCCGGGAUGGACCUACACCGAAAAAAGACAGACGUUUUAUGUUUGGUGGUGAGGAGCAGCAGGAGGAGAACAGGUUGCAUCUAGGAAACGCCAUCAUGUCAUUCUACUCAGCUCUUAUUGACUUGCUGGGUCGCUGCGCUCCUGAGAUGCAUUUGAUCCAGGCUGGUAAGGGUGAAGCUCUGAGAAUUAGAGCUAUAUUGAGGUCUCUGGUGCCUAUUGAAGACUUGGUAGGAGUCAUCAGUUUGCCAGUGCAGAUUCCCACAUUUGGCAAAGACGGUCAGAUCAUCGAGCCCAAAAUGUCUGCCAGUUUUGUACCAGACCACAAGGCAUCCAUGGUGUUGUUCUUAGACAGAGUGUACGGUAUUGAUAACCAGGAUUUCCUGCUGCAUGUUCUGGAGGUUGGCUUCUUGCCUGAUAUGAGAGCCUGUGCCUCUCUAGACACGGUGGCUUUCAGUACCACUGAGAUGGCGCUGGCACUGAACCGUUAUCUGUGUUCAGCUGUGUUGCCACUCCUGACCAAAUGUGCACCACUGUUUGCGGGCAGCGAUCAUCGUGCCAUCAUGAUCGACUCCAUGCUGCACACCAUCUACAGACUGUCCCGCGGCCGGGCGCUCACCAAGGCCCAGCGUGACGUCAUCGAGGACUGCCUCAUGUCCCUAGUCAAGUACCUGCACCCAUCAAUGCUGCAGCAUCUGUUGAGGCGACUUGUAUUCGACGUGCCGAUUCUUAACGAAUAUGCCAAGAUGCCUCUAAAACUGCUGACAAAUCACUACGAGCGCUGCUGGAAGUACUACUGCCUGCCGAACGGAUGGGCUAACUUUGGUACCACGUCAGAAGAGGAGCUGCAUCUGUCACGCAAACUGUUCUGGGGAAUCUUUGAGUCUCUGGCGCACAAGAAAUUCGAUGCAGAGUUGUUUAAGAUUUCCAUGCAGUGCAUUUGUGCAAUCGCUGGUGCCAUCCCUCCUGACUACGUAGAUGCCAGCUAUUCCGCCACAGAGAAGAAAGCCACAGUCGAUGCCGAGGGUAACUUUGAUCCCAGACCUAUAGAGACUACCAACACCAUUAUCCCUGAGAAACUGGACGCCUUUAUCAACAAAUUUGCAGAGCAUUCUCAUGAUAAGUGGGCUUUUGAGAAGAUCCAAAAUAACUGGACCUAUGGAGAAACCCUGGAUGAGAUUGCCAAGUCCCAUCCUAUGCUCCGUCCAUACAAAACCUUUUCAGAAAAAGAUAAAGAGAUCUAUCGCUGGCCCAUUAAGGAGUCCAUUAAGGCCAUGCUGGCCUGGGAGUGGACUAUAGAGAAAGCUCGAGAUGAGGGUGAGAAGGUGGAAAAGGCUGCCAGGAAGAUUUCUCAAACUGCUCAGGCUACUUAUGACCCUAGCCAGGGAUACUCACCUCAGCCAGUGGAUUUAACAACCAUGGCUUUGUCCAGAGAACUGCAGUCCAUGGCAGAGCAACUGGCUGAGAAUUACCACAACACAUGGGGCAGAAAGAAGAAGAUGGAGCUUCAAGCUAAAGGUGGUGGUACCCAUCCUCUGCUUGUUCCCUAUGACACUCUUACGGCCAAGGAGAAAUCUCGUGACAGAGAAAAAGCCCAAGACCUGCUGAAAUUUCUCCAGUUUGAAGGAUAUGCUGUUACCAGAGGUUUGAAGGACAUGGAGCAGGAGAUCUCCUCCAUCGAAAAGCGUUUUGCUUAUGGUUUCCUCCAGAAGCUGCUGAAGUGGAUGGAGAUCGCUCAGGAGUUCAUUGCACAUCUGGAGGCUGUUGUAAGCAGCGGAAGAGUCGAAAAAUCACCUCAUGAGCAGGAGAUCAAAUUCUUCGCCAAGAUCCUGCUUCCGCUGGUUAACCAGUACUUUAUAAACCAUUGCCUGUACUUCCUCUCCACUCCUGCUAAAGUGCUGGGCAGUGGUGGUCAUGCCUCUAACAAAGAGAAAGAGAUGAUUGCCAGCAUCUUCUGUAAGUUGGCUGCUCUAGUGAGGCACAGAGUUUCCCUCUUUGGAACUGAUUCAUCAGCAGUGGUGAACUGCCUACACAUCCUGUCCCAUUCAUUAGAUGCCAGGACUGUGAUGAAAUCUGGCCCGGAGAUUGUAAAAGCAGGCCUGCGCUCCUUUUUCGAGAGUGCUGCCGAUGAUAUUGAGAAGAUGGUUGAAAAUCUUAAACUGGGUAAAGUGUCCACCAAAAAUCAGGUUAAAGGCGUGUCUCAGAACAUUAACUACACCACGGUUGCUCUUCUGCCGGUGCUCACAUCGCUGUUUGAGCACAUUGCUCAGCAUCAGUUCGGUGAUGAUGUCAUCUUGGAUGACCUGCAGAUAUCCUGCUAUCGUCUCAUGUGUAGCAUGUACUCGGUGGGCACAGUCAAGACUCCUCAUGCAGAAAAACUGAGGCCUGCUCUUGGUGAGUGUAUGGCUCAUCUGGCUGCUGCCAUGCCUGUGGCUUAUCUGGAACCAAUUCUCAACGAAUUCAAUUCAUACUCAGUAUACACAACCAAAACACCACGAGAGCGAGCUAUUCUGGGUCUCCCCAGUCAGGUGCAGGAGUUGUGUCUGGACAUCCCAGAGCUUGAUGUUCUAAUGAAAGAGAUCGGUGACCUGGCAGACUCUGGUGCCCGAUACACUGAGAUGCCCCACGUGAUUGAAAUCACCCUACCCAUGUUGUGUAACUACCUCCCACGCUGGUGGGAGAGAGGGCUUGAGAACUUCCCUGAGCAGGAGGGACAACUGUGCACUGACGUCACGUCAGAACAACUCAACCAGCUGCUGGGCAACAUCAUGAAGAUUGUGGUCAACAACCUGGGCAUUGAUGAGGCGUCCUGGAUGAAGAGAUUGGCUGUUUUUGCGCAGCCCAUUGUGAGUCGAGCUAAACCGGAGAUGCUAAAGUCACACUUCAUCCCCACCAUGGAGAAGCUGAAGAAGCGCUCAGCGAAGGUAGUGGCUGAGGAGGAGCAUUUACGCAUGGAGGGAAAAUCAGAGGUGGACAGUGAAGAAGGAACCAUUCGAGACGAGUUUGCUGUGCUCUGCAGGGACCUCUACGCCCUCUACCCGCUGCUCAUCCGCUAUGUGGAUAACAGCAGGGCAAGGUGGCUGACCUGUACUGACCCUGAUGCUGAAGACCUCUUCAGGAUGGUGGGAGAAGUUUUCAUCUUCUGGUCAAAAUCUCAUAACUUCAAGCGGGAGGAGCAGAACUUUGUGGUGUUCAAUGAGAUUAACAACAUGUCCUUUCUCACAGCUGACAGCAAGAGUAAAAUGAGCAAGGGUGGUGGCGCAGAUGCAGAACGUACCAAAAAGAAGCGGCGUGGGGACCGAUACUCUGUGCAGACCUCACUGAUUGUUGCUGCUCUGAAGAAACUACUGCCCAUUGGUCUCAACAUGUGUUCUCCAGCAGAUCAAGAGCUGAUCAACCUGGCAAAGAUCCGAUAUUCUCUGAAAGACACAGAUGAAGAAGUGAGGGAGUGUCUUCAGAAUAACCUGCAUCUACAGGGCAAGGUGGAGGACCCCUCCAUGCGUUGGCAGAUGGCUUUAUAUAAGGAAAACUCAGGCAAGGCAGAGGAUGCUGAAAACCCUGAGAAAGUGGUGAAGAGGGUACAGGAGGUCGCCGCUGUGCUGUACCACAUUGAAGUGACAGAACACCCCUUCAAAUCGAAGAAGAUGGUUUGGCACAAGCUGCUGUCCAAGCAGCGCCGCAGAGCCGUAGUGGCGUGUUUCAGAAUGACUCCACUGUACAACAUUCCCAGGCAUCGGGGAUCCAACAUGUUCCUAGACGGCUACAAACGGAACUGGCUGGGAAAUGAAGGCUACUCAUUUGAGGAUAAAAUGAUUGAUGAUUUAUCUAAAACACUGGAGGAAGAGGAGGAGGAAGAAGAGGAGACCGAGUCCAAACCCGACCCCCUGCAUCAGCUCAUUCUUCACUUCAGCCGCACAGCUCUCACCGAAAAAACAAAGCUUGAUGUAGAUCACCUGUACAUGGCUUACGCUGAUAUAAUGGCAAAGAGCUGCCACAUUGGUGAGGAGGACACGGAGGUAGAGGAGGAGGAGGAGGGGGGCGAAGAGGCUUCAUUUGAGGUGCGACAGACUGAGAUGGAAAAGGAGAUGGAGAAGCAGAGGCUUCUGUACCAGCAGUCCCGACUUCACGACCGUGGAGCAGCUGAGAUGGUGCUGCAGAUGAUAAGCGCCUGCAAAGGUGAGCCUGGAGCCAUGGUUUCUUCCACUCUCAAGCUGGGCAUCUCCAUCCUCAACGGAGGCAACUGUGACGUCCAGCAGAGAAUGCUGGACUACCUUAAGGACAAGAAGGACGUUGGCUUCUUUCUGAGCUUGCAGGCUCUGAUGCAGACCUGCAGUGUUCUAGACUUGAAUGCAUUUGAGAGGCAGAAUAAAGCAGAGGGGCUUGGAAUGGUUUCAGAAGAGGGCACAAAUAUCAAGCUAGAACGGGAUGAGAAAGUAAUGGCAGAUGAUGAAUUCACAUGCGACCUCUUCCGCUUCCUGCAGCUGCUUUGCGAGGGCCACAAUAAUGAUUUCCAGAACUACCUGCGCACCCAAACUGGCAGUACCACCACUAUCAACAUUAUCAUCUGCACUGUGGAUUACCUACUGAGAUUACAGGAAUCCAUCAGUGAUUUCUACUGGUAUUAUUCUGGAAAAGACAUCAUUGAUGAACCAGGCAAGAGGAACUUCUCCAAAGCGAUGCAUGUAGCCAAGCAGGUCUUUAACAGCCUGACAGAAUAUAUUCAGGGCCCGUGCACUGGUAACCAGCAGUCACUGGCUCACAGCAGAUUGUGGGAUGCUGUGGUGGGAUUCCUGCAUGUGUUUGCGCACAUGAUGAUGAAACUGGCACAGGAUUCCAGUCAGAUUGGUCUUCUGAAGGAGCUUUUGGACCUGCAAAAAGACAUGGUGGUUAUGCUACUGUCUCUACUGGAGGGUAACAUCGUAAAUGGCACCAUUGCUCGCCAGAUGGUAGACAUGUUGGUAGAGUCAUCCAGCAACGUUGAGAUGAUCCUCAAGUUCUUUGACAUGUUCCUUAAGCUGAAGGACAUCGUGGCAUCAGAUGCCUUCCGCGACUAUGUGACCGACCCGCGUGGCCUUAUCUCUAAGAAAGACUUCUCCAAAGCCAUGGACAGCCAAAAGCAGUACUCGCCCUCUGAGAUCCAGUUCCUGCUCUCCUGCUCCGAGGCUGAUGAGAAUGAGAUGAUCAACUUCGAAGAGUUUGCCGAUCGCUUUCAGGAGCCAGCCAAAGACAUUGGGUUCAACAUCGCCGUGCUACUCACCAACCUCUCUGAACACGUACCGCAUGACACACGCCUACAGAACUUCUUAGAGCAGGCUGAAAGUGUCUUGAACUAUUUCCGCCCCUUCCUGGGCCGCAUUGAGAUCAUGGGUGCCAGUCGAAAGAUCGAGCGUAUCUACUUUGAGAUCAGCGAGGCCAACCGCAACCAGUGGGAAAUGCCUCAGGUCCGAGAGUCUAAGAGGCAGUUCAUAUUCGACGUGGUCAAUGAAGGUGCAGAAUCGGAAAAGAUGGAGAUGUUUGUGAACUUCUGCGAGGACACCAUCUUUGAGAUGAACAUAGCCUCCCAGAUCUCUGAGCAAGAGGAAGAACCGAACGGAGAUGAGGAUGAUGAGGAAGAAGAGGAAAGUGGUGGAGGGGCAAAUGAAAGCGCAGGUGAAGGAGAGGAAGGGAAUGGAGAGGAGGCUCCUGCCGAGUCCAGCUCGGCGUUUGCAGACUUCAUCAAGAGUGUUGUGAACUUCUUUAAACUUUUCACCUUCCGCAACCUUCGCAGACGCUAUCGCAGACUCCGGAAGAUGACCAUAAAGGAGAUGAUCGUAGGCCUUGCCACCUUCUUCUUUACCAUAAUCAUGGGAAUCUUGCAUUUCAUCUACAGCAUCUGCAAAGGCUUCUUUAUGCUGAUCUGGAAAACACUCUUUGGAGGUGGCCUCGUAGAGGGAGCCAAGAAGAUGACGUUAACCGAAAUCCUAACUAACAUGCCUGACCCAACUCAGGAUGAGGUGCACGGCGAAGUCUCAUCCGAGCCAGGAAAAGUCCAGGAAGCAGGUGGAUCAGGAGAAGGAGAGGAAAUUGGUGCUGGAGAAGAGGAAGAUGUGGAAGAGGAAGCAGAGGGAGGUGGCAGGUCUGGAUUUGAUACCCCUGGAGGUUUAGGAGAUAUGGGUGAGACAGAGCCAGAGGAGCCUCCAACACCAGAGGGCACCCCAUUGCUCAAGAGAAAACUGUUGGGCGAAGAAGGACAGGAAGAGGAAACUGUUGAAGAAGAGCCAGUAGUAGAAGAGCCAGCCCCAGAACCAGAAAAAGCAGAUGCUGAAAACGGAGAGAAAGCCGAGAAGGAAGCUGUGGCCGAGCCAGAGGAGAAAAAGGUUAAAGAGGAUAAGCAACAACAAGUAAAAACCAAAACUAAGAAGGAGAAAGAAGCUGCUGGUGAAGCCUUUGAACUUUGGAAUGAGUUGGAGGUCCAGAGAAUCAAGUUUAUGAACUGCCUGUCUCGCAACUUCUACAACCUGCGCUUCCUGGCUCUGUUCAUGGCAUUUGCUCUGAACUUCAUCCUGCUUUUUUACAAGGUAUCCAGCAGCCCUCCGGGUGAGGAGUUUGAAGGCUCAGGCAUGUUUGAGGGUUCAGGUAUGGCUGAGGGAUCCGGUGGUGAGCCAGAAGGUUCAGGAAUGGAAGAAAAUGGGGAGGAAGAUGAUGAUGAAGGACCUGUGUAUUACUUUCUGGAGGAGAGUACAGGUUACAUGGAGCCUACAAUGUUCUUGCUCGGAAUUUUACACACAAUCAUUUCCGGCCUCUGCAUUAUCGGCUACAACUGUCUUAAGGUUCCCCUGGUCAUCUUCAAGAGGGAAAAGGAACUCGCACGUAAACUGGAAUUCGAUGGCAUUUAUGUGACUGAACAGCCAGAGGAUGAUGACAUCAAAGGCCAGUGGGACAGACUGGUGCUAAAUACGCCGUCUUUCCCCAACAACUACUGGGACAAGUUUGUGAAGAAAAAGGUACUGGAGAAGUAUGGUGACAUCUAUGGCAGAGAGAGAAUUGCUGAGCUGCUGGGAAUGGACUUGGCAUCACUAGACGUCAGUGCAAUGACACAUGAAAAGAAGCCAGAACCUGAUACAUCCAUGUUUACCUGGUUCACCUCUAUUGAUAUCAAGUACCAGAUUUGGAAGUUUGGAGUGGUGUUCACAGAUAACACUUUCCUCUACCUGGUGUGGUACAUGGUCAUGUCCCUCCUGGGUCACUACAACAACUUUUUCUUUGCCUGCCACCUGGUGGACAUUGCCAUGGGUGUCAAAACGCUGCGCACCAUCCUGUCCUCAGUCACGCACAACGGCAAACAGCUGGUGAUGACAGUGGGCUUGCUAGCUGUAGUCGUGUACCUGUAUACUGUUGUGGCUUUCAACUUCUUCCGCAAGUUCUACAACAUGAGCGAGGACGAGGAUGAACCGGACAUGAAGUGUGAUGACAUGAUGACUUGCUACCUGUUUCACAUGUACGUGGGUGUAAGAGCCGGCGGUGGUAUAGGUGAUGAGAUUGAGGAUCCGGCUGGAGACGAAUAUGAGCUGUACCGCGUGGUCUUCGACAUUACUUUCUUCUUCUUCGUUAUCGUUAUCCUGCUGGCCAUCAUUCAGGGUCUGAUUAUUGAUGCCUUUGGUGAGCUGAGAGAUCAGCAAGAGCAGGUCAGGGAGGACAUGGAGACUAAGUGCUUCAUCUGUGGGAUCGGCAGUGAUUACUUUGACACGACUCCGCAUGGUUUUGAAACUCAUACAAUGGAGGAGCACAACUUGGCAAACUACAUGUUCUUCCUGAUGUAUUUAAUCAAUAAAGAUGAAACAGAGCACACAGGACAGGAAUCGUAUGUGUGGAAGAUGUACCAGGAGCGAUGCUGGGACUUUUUCCCGGCUGGCGACUGUUUUAGGAAGCAAUAUGAGGAUCAGCUUGGCUAGUGUCCGGUGCUGUAUAGGACGUGCUAGUGUGUGUGUGCUUCAAAAUAUAAACUCAGAGGAAUAGUGAUUGUUCCUUAAUUGAGUGAAACACUAAACUAGAUAAGCACACAUUUACAUAGCCUUUUAUGUCCUUAUGUGAAUGUAAAAAUAAGUGCAAGAUAAAUAUGCAACGUGUGAAUGUUAAUUUAUCUGUGUUUGAGUGAGAGAGAGAAAGCAAGAGACAGAGAGAAGAAAUGUAUGGGCUUCAUUCAUUGAUUUAUUGUGUUAAUCAUUUGACGGACUGUAUCAGACCAAAAUGAGCACUCACAGCCUUUCUUUCUUCUCUUGGUCUCUUUGGUAUAUCUAUGGAUUUUAAAACAUCACUGUGCCUAAUUGUACAAUGGAAAUGGAAAAUAUGAUGAUUCUUAUUUAAAGAACAUCAGUAUCAAUCUUUUUAUUAGACCCAGUAGACAAUUCAGACAAAAUCUCAGCUUAAUACAGCAUAUAUACACCAGAACCACAUAUGUGGUCAUAACACUGGUAACAAUCAUUAUGUUCUAGGAAUCGGUUUAACUGUUGACAAUUAAACUAGACGAUUUUGUUAAUGGACGCGAUAUAUAAAUGUGUGCCACAUUUGAUUCUUUGAGAGGAAUCUAACCAAAGGCCUUUAUCUUGUUGUUCUUUUUCUGAGACAAUGUUGUAUAGCCUAUUUCAUCUAUUUUAUCUACGAUUCUUCAUAUAAUUGAUGUGAGCUUAAAAUUUAAUGUUUAACUAAAGCCCCUUUCACACUCACACUGGGUUGUUUACAUGGUUAUUUACAUGGUCGUUUAGGUUUUGUCCUUUAAUGCAUUUGCACAUUUAAAGAGACCCUUUUUACACACUUGACAUGGAUACCAAAGGGGUGUAAAGUUACACAUACAGGUUUUUCUUAAGUAUUUUAACUCACAUUCACUUUAAUUUAUUAUUUAGGAAACCAGUAAGAGUUAGUAUUAUUUAAAUACACAAAUUUUUAAACAGUUAAACUUUUUAUGUAUUAAAAGAUGUCUGUACUGACCAUCGGAUUAUUAAAGAAAUGCAAUACCAACCCUGUAUGAGCAACCAAUCCUAAUUAUUCUAAUGCUAGUUUCUGGCAAUUGCAUUUUUUUUCACUGUUAAAAUCUACCAUUGAUUGUUGAUUACGAGCCUAAGCUGUACAUUAGAUUAACGAUAUUGGGCUUUUUAAAGUCCUUUUAACCAUAAAUGUUAGUGAUCACAGCAUUGACCCUGCACUUAAACUCCCAAGUGGUGGAAAACAAAAAAAUAACUCAAAAAGAACACCAUAUAUGGUAAAAAUACAAAUCAGCCACUUACUGUUUUUUAUGAUUUUUAUUGUUGUGUUCAUAAGGAAUUUUUGCCAUCUGUUAGAAAACAUUGAUGUGCAUUGCUGGAUGGUUGCAUGUGUGUGUAGGCCGAGGCUCAUGCAAAAUAGACUUUAAAGUCAAGACUUAAGGCUAAUCUGGGGAUAACAGAGUUGUCCUAAUUUGUCACGCUUUUAAUACAGUAUGAUAAAUUGGGACGUAGUCAGAUCUGAUCGUAGGUUACUGGCGUUCCUGUAUACACAGUGUGAGCCCUGAAAUUGGAUAAUUCUGUUUGACCCAGUAAAAUGUACAUUCAAAUACUGGAAAAUAGAAAUGGCAAUUUUUGAUUGCCCACUGAUAUUCAUUUAUUUUUAAACUGUUGUUGUGUAGGCUGAAGCUACAUUAUUUUAUGAAUUGUCUCUUAUUACCUGAUGCGUGACUACAUCAUUGUUAUUUCUUUUAAAGUUUUUAAAACUGGGGCAUUUUUAAAAAUAAUAACAAAGCAUCAUUUUACUAGUGGUUAUGUACUGGUGCAUACAGUUUGUUGUUGCACUAUUUUUAUUGAAAUCCACAGAAUGUGUGUGUGUUUUUUAAAGGAAUGGCAGAAAUGUCCUUGUUAACAUGGUUUAAAAGGCAGAGCCACAUAAAUGAUUACAAACACAUCCUUCAAUCACCCGAGCCAUCUUUACCUUGAGAUUGGCUUCUCGCUGUCUAUGGUAACUACUUAAUAAUAAAACCAAUAGAAAAUUAACAUGUAUUUUACUACUUAAUAAAUACUAAAUUACUACAUAUUUAAAAACAAGAAUUUCAGUGGCAGACUUGUGUGUUUAACUUACUUUAUAAUUAUAUUUAUUAUUAUAGUUACUGGAUUAUGUGGCAGGGUAGGAUUACAUAUAUUGUACUGUUUUGCAAGAUCACAAUUCAGUAUCAUGCAGUUGGUGCAGCUUUACACACCUGUUAUCAGCUGUGUUAUCUACUUUCGCUACAUUCUCGACAUAACUUGUGGGUGUUCUGCUUUAGAAUGACCCUCUUUUGUUACUUCAUUUAUUAAAUUGCCUUUGUCAAGUCUACCAGGGAUUUUAAUUUGGGGUUAUGCACACACUUACCCACACCAUAGUAGAUCACUGAUAAAUUCUCGGGUUAUAGGUGCAUGUGUGAAAGGGGUUUAACUGUUCUGCACUCCAAAGUCUUAGAAUGAGAUGCUGAUUGUUUUGCCACAUUCACUCACACUGUGUUUUUGCAGCUCAUCUCUACACUACCAGCAGGGUUCAUUCUGUGGUUCUUAGACUUGUAUAGAAACACUGAUAUUAGCCAACAGUUACAUCAGUGUGAUCAGGUGUUUCCUUUGUUUCCUUUAUUUACCAGUGCAUCUUAAUGCUUUGAUGUAUAGAUGUAUUAUUUUGCCAUCUUUGAGAAAGGAAACUCGAUAUGCUGUAGAUUUUAUUGAAAUGUAACUUAUUUUGACAACAAAUAUAUAGAUGUAUAAAUAUAUAUAUUUUUAGUUGGAGCUUUGAAAUAUCCUGAGCUUUUCUGUACUAAAUAAAUAUGUAUUGUGUACUUUUUAGAGAAAAAAGGUACUGAUAAAGAAAUUACCAACUGAACAUGGAUGAGAUGUGUGUCCAGUUUGCAACUGAAUUAAUCAGAUGGCUUUGUGACUUCUGCUGUUACUUUUAACUCAAUAUAGUAUUGUUUGUUUUCCCAAAUAUUCCUAAUUUGAGCUUGAAAAGUCGGGGACAAAGCCACACAACAUUUAACGAUUGUGUGCUGCAGUUGUAAGAAUCUGACUGGGCUGCUUUGCAGAAUUGCAAUAAAAUAUAUUUUAAGAGCA